AUGUUUCGUCGUAUCGCUCGACACACCUCCUUCAUUACGGCAUGUCAGUCCCGCCAGACGACCAUUCUUUCGGUGCGGAAAGGGGACACCGUCGUGCUUAUUGGCGACCGUCAGGUGACGCUUGGAGAGCGCAUUGUGGCCAAAUCCAGCGCCUGCAAGCUGCGGAAAAUUAACGAUGAUAUUGUGAUUGGCUUUGCUGGUAGCACGGCGGAUGCCAUUGCGUUGAUGGAGAAGCUUGAGAACAAAGUCGGCGAGUUCCCCCAGCAACUCACCCGCGCUGCAGUGGAGUUGGCGAAGGACUGGCGCACCGACCGCGCGCUGCGCCGCCUGGAGGCCUCUUUAAUUGUCUGCGGCCGCGAGGAGACGCUGGAAAUUGACGGCCAGGGGAACGUCAUCACGCCUGAGAGCGACGGUAUUGUGGCGAUUGGGUCGGGGGGCACGUUUGCCAAGGCGGCGGCACGUGCAUUGAUUGACGUGGACGGUUACGACGCAGAGAAAAUUGCCCGCAAGGCGAUGCGCAUUGCCACGGAGAUCGAUGUUUUUAGCAACGAGCACUGGGAUGUGGAGAUUCUCACACGAAAGCCGGCAAAGCCCGCUGAUGCGCCUUCAGAAGAGAAGAAAAGCGAAUAA